CAGAGUUCUGCCACAGAGGACACGCCUCCUUUUCUGUCUCACUCAGCAGGUAUUGAAAUCUACCGUCUCGUUCAACAUCUGCUUUUCAACGUUCGUUUUUACAGCAGACUUGAAUAGAAUCUCCUGUUAUUGGUCUCCUCCUGCUGAUCCAGACCGUAUCCUUGAAUUGAGGUAUUUAACAGAGAAGAGUGUUCGUUCUCACUCACAACUCAACAUCUUGCAAAGGAAGACUGAGGCUCUAGGAUUUAUCUCACCCCAGAGAAAGAUAAGGUUUCAUCUAAUCUCAACUCCACCAUGAAGACUCUUUCUUGGUUGGGAUUGACCCUUUUGACUUUGGCCCAUGCAUUCUACCUUCCAGCUACUGACGACUCUCUUGUGAAUACACCACCACCAACACCAGCAGAUUAUGGCCUGGGCUGGCUACAUGGAUCUGACCUUCCAGCUACUGACGACUCUCUUGUGAGUACACCACCACCAACACCAGCAGAUUAUGGCCUGGACUGGCUACAUGGAACUGACCACCAUAAUCCUUUUGGCUUCACUUGCCCUGAAGGAUGGACAAUGCACAGCACUCAGUGUCUCCUGUUUGUUGCCCAGAAUAUGACCUGGGUUGAGGCCAGGGACAACUGUGCGUAUAAAGGUCAAGGUUCACUUGCUGCUGUAUAUGAUUCUACACAAGUUGACGAGAUUUGUGAGGAGAUGAAAAAAGCCGGACUUCAUGGUGGACAAGUUUGGGUUGGAGGCAGCAAAACUUCAGAGGAUCCUGAUUGGUCCUGGGAUUAUUCUAUCAUGGAUCAAUUUGCUGAGUUCUGCAGUGGAGAACCUGCCGAUGACGAGAACUGUUUGCAGAUAACUUUUAACGAGAAGAACUCAGGGUGCCUGGAAGCCCAGCGGUGUGACAUGCAGCUCCCCUCAGUCUGUGCGAUCCUCCUCUAUUAGUCUAGAAAGACCAAUGAAUCUUCAGCAGAGAUUAGUUAAGGCAUCUUUUGACAGUUGGUCACUCAUUCCUUUGUUUUCCCUUCAUGUUUAUGCUGUGUGGCUUUAGGGACCAAAAAAGUACAAACAAUUUACUGAAACAAUGUUGUAUUAUUUUGUUUCCUUUUUUUUGGUCCCUUAACUUUUAACAACAGAUACCUUUUUAUUUUUAAGUCUUUAGAAAGUCUACGAUUACUAUUAAUAUUUCAUCCCAAUAAAAUCUUUAUCAUUGCAUUAAAAUCAUCUUUCUGCAUUAAAAGAUUAGUGGGAUGUCUGUUUAUUAAAGUGAAACAUACAAAAGACAAAACAUUGUAUGGGUGUGAAGUGGCGAAGAAACAUGCAUGAUAUUUUAAGGGGACCAGCUCGACAUUGUAACUCUCUCUGCAAUUUGUAAUUCUAAAAUAAAAUAUUACAAAAUAGUA